CUUUGCUACCAAGAUCGUUGGGUCUGCGUCAACAAACCCGCGGGUAUGUCAACGCAUCGUAGCGGAGGCAAUAGAAGCAACCAGUUCGUUGUCUCGACACUUCUCAAACGCCAACUGUCACGCAAAGUUUUUCCGGUUCAUCGACUUGAUCAUCGGACCUCUGGAGCGCUUUUGUUUGCCUUCGACUCAGAAAUGUGUGCUUCCCUUCACGAUGCACUUCGUGAACAGUCUGCCCGCAAAACGUAUGUCUGCCUUGUUCGAGGCUUUUGGGACAAUUUCUUCGAGAGUGAUACCGCAACUGUGGACAAGGCUCUCACCGUAGACGGCACCAAACGCAGCGCUACUACGGUAUUUACCAAAUUGGCCAGUACCAUUAUUCUUAACAACUCAGCUUACGGUGAAAAGAACGUGCCAAUUUCGUGUAGCCUCAUCUUGGCUGUUCCAACCACCGGUCGAACCCAUCAAAUUCGACGUCACGCCAGUGCUAUGGGAAUGCCUGUACUGGGCGAUACACAACACGGAGAAACAAAAGUCAACCGAUGGUGGAGACAGAAAAGGGGGCUUGACAGGCUAGCGCUGCACUGUCUAUCUCUGAACUUG